AAUAGGAUCAUCAGAACAGCGUUAUCUGAUAUGCAUCCCCCUUCCUCGGAUCUGGAAAAAGUUUUAAAACUAGUUAGAACUAAUUAGAAAAACAACAGUCGUUCCGGCAUUUUCCGCGAUAAGGACACGGCAAACUUUUUUAUCUCGGCAAAUAAAAAGGACAGGGUAGUCUCUCAGUACAUAGAUACACGGAGGAUCGAAUAUGCUCCUCGCCACAUUAACUCUCCUGGUCGCAGGCGUUACAGUUUCAACAUGCUUUUCCUGCGAAGGACCGGGCGUUGUACCAGCUCCCCAUCCGAAUAAAUUCGUCUUCUGCACGUACAACGAGGAUGGAGACCUAGUCGCCCGUCUUCUCCCCUGUUCCGAUGGAACCACCUUCACUGGCAACGACAAAUGGGAAAUGUUGUCCAAACAGGAUUGCGUUGUCAGAAGAAGGAGAGAUGUGGACGGCUUGGAAACUUCGCAAACAGAAAACAAAACUGAAUCCGUUUUGAAAGAACUUUCGACAGAAACAAAUCUUCAGACUGAAGGAGAGGAUUCAACAGGUGUUAAGGAAAACAAAACUGAAUCCGUUUUGAAAGAACUUUCGACGGAAACAAAUCUUCAGACUGAAGGAGAAGAUUCAACAGGUGCUGCGGAAAAAGUGACCAGUACCGCCGAAGAAACCGAAGCGCAGACGGAUAAGCUUUCGACUGGAACACAGGCUUCACAGACGGACGACCAGACCGAGAAAGAAGCAGCUACGACCGAGAAUGCCGAAGAGUCGUCCGACUCUCCGACGACCGGGUCCGCUUCUGCAGAACCAUCUUCAGAGUCAACCACGAUGACGCCUAACUCAAACGAAACGAAACACGUCGAAUGUUGGUACCCGGGCGUGACUUGCGCUAGCUGUACCGAAGCAGCUUUCUGUGUCGGUACGGGUACGCUCAAAAACGGUCAACGCGUCGUCACACCGGUCACGACGAUCACGUGCAGACCUGGCGAAGUGUGCGUCGAAAUGCUCGGCUGCGUUUCCGACAAAAACAGAUUCUGUACCAAAGGCGAGUUUACAUGCACUGACCAAGGACUCUUUCCCGAUCCGUACGACUGCAGGAUGUUCCACAGCUGUGCAUUCCUGAACGGCGCUUUCCUCCAAGACGACGUUCGAUGCCUUGCAGGAGCCUAUAGUUCAAAAACGGGUACUUGCGGCUAUCCUCUUAACUCUGCGACCUGCUUAAACAAACCUGUUCCUCAUUGCAAGCAAGAAUUCGAGGUUGGAGCAGUGCCGAGCAACCCGAAUCUGUACUAUGUCUGCGUGAAAAAGGGGAAAACUCUAUCACCCAGCUUGUUCAGAUGCCCAGGAGGAAGGAAGUUCACAACUGCGCUUUUCAGAUGCGUGCCCUAGAAAUAUACAAACGGCAAAUGUUUUGUUUCUUUUAUAGAUUGCUCCUGUAAUCUUUCGGGGAAAAUGCUAACCGUGCCAAAUUGGUACGUUUUUGCAGGAAAUUAAAAUAAAUAAAUAAAAAAAAACUG